AAUCCGUCAGAAAUCACAUGUUUCGUUUAUCCGUACGUGCUCUUGUUACUGUACUCUUGUAUUUACUGCUGCCGGAAUUUGCUUUGCUAUCGUGUUCUGUGCGCGUUUGUUUGCUCUUUCGUAUGAGCAUGAGCAACGGCGAUGGUGUCAAUCGUGGUGGCGGCAAAACCGGCGCGCCCAGGUUUGUUUACACGCGUGAAGAACGGGAACUGCUCCGUAAUCUGGUGGUGAGGUACAGAGCGGUUAUUGAAAACCGCAAGAUUGAUAACACUUUGAAGCGCGCCAAGGACAGUGCCUGGGAGAAGCUGACUGAGGAAUACAACAGCCAGCCAGGCAUUCGUCGCGUCACAGUGGUGCAGCUGCGGAAGCUGUGGGACAACGAAAAAUCGAAGUGGAAAAAGAAAGAUUCGGAAGAAAAGCGGGAUUUCUACGCAACAGGGGGUGGGCCACCUACCUGCCGGCCAAUGAGCCCAUCAUUGGCGCUUGUCGGGGCGGCUGCCUCGCACAUUGGGACACGGCUCCCAAACCCCUACGACAGCGACGGAUCCCAUAUGAGCCAGCCAGUGAUGUCGCUGCCACCCGCGCGUACCAUUGAAGUUAUGGUGACAGGCAAUCAAGGCAGCAUGGACGAGUGGCUUGAAGGCAGAAUUGGCAAGAGCUGUUGGCAUGUUGUAGCGUGUUGUGCUAUGGCUGCAUGCGUGUAUACUGUUUGUGAGAUGUUAUGUUUCUAUGUUAUUUAUGUUUGUAAGUAGCGCAGCUGGCGCAGCUGUUCACAUGGCUCGUGUGUCUAUUUCACAAAAAUUUACGUUUGUCAUUACGAUCUGUCAGCAGUACUCCAUGUUGUGCCAGUAUGUUGCUGUUACCUCCCCAAAUUAUUGUCAGUGGCGUGCAUUUUUAUUAAGUUCAUCGUGUCCUUGCGUGUCAUGAAUGUAAAUAACUGACAUCAUGGCUAGUUUGCUAGCCUUGUACACCAUUGGAGCUGUUCUUGAAUCUGAUUGUUUUCUAUGUGCAGAUCCCCUCUUUCCUAGCCCCACUUCCAGUGCAGGAAAAGGCUGGCCUGUCAACAAACCAGUACAUUUCACCUGCCAUGGCUGAAAUGCCUCAAUCCACCAGUCAACACUUUGCUGCUGUUGGAGCACCGUUUCAUGAAGGACAGUCUCUUUUUUUUCUUAUUUGUUUGGGUCUCACAUAAUUAGCAUGCACUUGGCCGAGCUGUCUCAAUCUCUUAUUCUUACCGAGAUGCCUGGGUGUUUGCAUGCUGUCAACAAUGCGCCCCCUACCACCUGUUAUCCAAUUUUAAUGCGGAUACCAUGAACACAUUCAUUAUGAUUCCUGUAUGUACGCGUAGAAAAAGAAGUUUGCAAGCACGCAAACAAAAGUGUUCCUACAGUAAAGUUACAAUGUAUGAAGACCUUUUUGAUCGCCUCACCUACCUGUGGGGCACUAGCUCUGCUUCUUUUAUAUCUGCAGACACUACCUCUGUGGUACCACGGCCAGCUGCGGAAGUCUCCGCUCUAUCAGAAGCAACGGGCAUGCCGUCAUCUACAGCUCAGGCGCCUUCAGUCGGAAAGCUCAGCUGCAUGCUGUUCCAGUACCACUGGCUCCUGGCAACAUGUCUUCUUUGCAGCUGGUUUUUGUGACUAACAUGCAGCAGGCAUCGUCAGAUAAGUUGUUUCUUCUGUUAGAAAAUUUUAUACUACAGCUGCGAUGCCUCCAGCCAGCAGUAAAACUAAAUAGCUUGCGUAUCCAGCAGCACUGGAAUCUGUGUGAAAUUGAGCCUUCUUUUGGCAGUAUGUUUGUGUAACUAACAUAUGUCGCAAACAUCAUAGAGAGCAGUUGUAUCUACUGUCAUAAUAAAUAACAUGCUACACAGGUGCCACUAUCCAGUCGUGAAGCUUUACAGCCUGUUGUUACGACAGCACUUAGUCGAGACAGGAACACACUUUUCCUUUUUGUUUCUGUGACUAACACACUUGAAAGGCAUCAUACAGAUGAGCUGCUUACUUUUUGUUUUUACUUGCUGGCCUGGACUGCAGUUUAGAGCCAAUAGCGGCUUCCAUUUCCAUGUGUGACUGAUUUGUUGUGGCUGUCUUAUUAAUGUGCAUGCAUGUAUGUGUAGUAGUACUCAUAAGAUGUUCCAGCAGUGGAAUCAACACUGCUUA